AACUUCUGCUAUGACAGAGAGAGGAAAGACAGACGUUGAUUUACUGUACUCAAAAGUUGAGUACUGUAAAUGAAAAAAAAUUAACACGCUUUGUUGGAUGGGUGGACCGUAGAUUUCUUGUGCCCAUGCACAGUCUGAGCUAUUGAUUUCGCGCCACUUGAUGGCGACAUUGUCCUCCUAGUGGUCAUCAUCGACACGCUCCCUUUGAUUUGCAGUUUGAUCUUCGGUGAAGGAGAAAUCCGAUCAUUUUUCAGGUUGCUCCAGAUCAGCAAGUAACUGAGGUCAAUCAUCUGACAAAUAUCACUGGCAUUUCUUCAAGUGGCCGACAUUCUGCAAGGAGCAUGACUACAAAAGCAAGAAAACUUCAAAUGACUGAAAAGAAAAGAGCUAGUGCUAGUAAGAAAAUCCUCCCGGCACCAAGUAAAUCUUUAACAGGCACAGCUUUGACACUCCGAGAUGUGAACCGGAGGAAUCGCUUUGGCGAAACUCUUCUCCAUAAUGCCGUACUUAAUGGUGGUAUUCAACUGCUGAAAGACAUUUUGAAGCUUAGACCAAAUGUCAACAUGACUGACCGUACAGGACGAACAGCCCUGCAUGAAGCUGCUCUCCGUAAUAAGUAUGAGGCUUGUCGUUGUCUGAUUAAAGCUGGCGCUCUGGUCAACUUUGCAACCCACAAGAAAGUUACAGCUUUGCAUGAGGCCAUCACAUUUGGCAAUAAAAGGAUAGUGGAGCUGCUCCUGAAACAUGGCGCAAAACCACCGCUGAAAACCAAGGAGAAAGAAACUGGCACUGCUGGAAAGCGUCCUCGUCAAGUCAAGGUGGCUAAAACAAAAUCUAAAAGCAACCCGCCUUUUGACAAUGGAGGAGAAAUAGUAGGAGAGAACACCAAACAACACGAAGAUGUGGGAACGGAAAUUGGUGGAGAUGUGCAGCUUGAAAAUGAAGAAGAUGUCCAACAUGGGGAUUAUCAACCAAAUCACAACAAGAUUGGAGCUUCACAAAAGAACCAGAAGAAGACAUUGACUACGGGGCCAAAUGUACAGAAGGAAACUCGGUCCAUAUUUGACCCGGUCAACAGUAUUUGUUGUACCAUUGGAGAAACAAGUGACAUCUGCGAUCAGGAACAUGAGACUUCUGAUGAUGACUCCAUAAGCCUGUUACAUGGUAUUGAGCCCAUCGAAAGCAGUGGGAUGAUAGCAGGCUUGGAAAAACAUUAUUUAGCUUUAGAAACCAUCACCAAGGAGCAGGAAAAUAGGAUGGAGCAAAGUCCACGAAGGACUCCUUCAGGGACGGAGCAGAAAAACGUGUCUGAGUGUGAAGCAGACAGUGGCUGGACAGCUCUUAAUGUGGAAGUGGUUGGUGAACCAUUGAAUGCUGAAGCCGAUGUUAAUGCUUCAAACCAUGAUGGUUUCAACCCCCUACAUGAUGUUGCAACAUCUGGACAUUACCAGGUGAUGUUCUCAGAAAAGAAUUUCUCUUACCCUCUCGAUAAGAGGGCUGAUUCCAGAUACUCUGAGAUGGCUGUCCAUCAUUACAGCACUCGUUCUACUCAGGAAACACUGACCACAGUGAGGAGCAGCCUGACUCAUAUCAUGAAAAUUAGGACAGUUCAUUUGGUGGCUGAUGAAGAACUGAUACCAAAUGCUAUACUUGACAGCUACUGGCAAAGGCUGUUGCAGGGUGAUCCACGAUUAGGAUGGAAAUCUCUCUCCACGGUCUUCUAAGAUUGAGUUUGAGGUGCGUCAUGUAAUAAGCAUGAAUUUUAAUGUGUUUUGUCACCUCAUGGUAUAAAUUUAUGCCACUGCUUUAGGUUUGACAUUUUGUCUCUUUCAUUCUUCAUCUAUUUUGUUAUCAGUUCUUUGAGGUAAUCCUAUUUGUUUUCACAGUUUAUUUGGAUCCUUUCAUGGAGUUAAAUAUGCUACAAAAAUAUUACAAACAGAAUGAUGCACUAAAAAGAAAUGUAUAGAAUAAAUAAAAAACUUUACUGAA